UCCGUCAGCCUCGCUCUCUCUUGGGAGAGGCCCUCCACGGCCUGCUCGAGACGGCUUACUCGCUCCGAGAGCUCGUGCAGGUCGAAGGAUCCGGCCAUGGCCGUUUCCUUGGAAGUCUGUAAUGUUGGGGUACAUUUAAAUUGAGAUUUUUACUCUUCCAAAGAAAAUUACUUUUUACCGAUACGUUAUAGCUUGUUAUUGCCUUCGAUACAGAGCUCGGUAUUCACAGAGGGCCUUUGGCCCAACGGCUUUUUGACGCCCGAGAUCAUGGGAACCAGUUAAUGCCGGUGUUACAUACGUAAUUUCGUAAUUUUAUUGUUUCAGAUCGACUUAUUUACAAAUUAACUAGAUGUUAACUUGACUCGGAUUUGUUUCUUCAUACUCCCUUCCAUAAUUCUCACCAUAAUAGCCCUCCACGGCCUGCUCGAGACCUCCUUCACUGCCCAAGAACACGUGCAAAUUGAAGGAUCCAUCCAUGGCCGUUUUGUUGGAAUUCUGUAAUAUUGGGGUAUUGUGGAGUGACCGUUUGAAUUGAGCUAUUUACUUUCAAAGAAAAUGUGUAAUUUUUUUUACCGAUUCCUUUAGCUUGUGCCUUCGAUACUGAGCUCGAAAUACACUGCAAUAACUCACCUGCAUCGAAAGCCUGGUGUUGUGAAGGGCGUCGCAUGCAGUUGGCUUCCACACCUCAUUCAUUCAAGGGAUAAAACAAGCCAAAAGAGUGUUCUUGCAGUUAGAACAACAGCGUGAAGAAUGUGACUGGAUGUGAUGUGACGCGAGAACUGUUUACAAGCUCUGUUUGUUAUUGCUAAACUUGUAGAAAUGGAGAACGAUCUGGGUUAUUCUGGAGGCACUCCGAGAGAGAAGAGAUCGUGGAACAAGAAACUAAGCAUCCACCCGCAGCGCAUCGUGGAGGAGGAGCCGUCCGCCGACGACCGCCUGGAGGACGUGGCGGAGCGGCUGGCGCGCGUGGAGGAGGCCGUGCAACACCUCACUCACGACCGAGCGCGCCUGCUGGACGUGCAGGCGCGGGUGGCGCGCCUCGAGAAGGCG